AUGGGUGGGUUUGAUGACCAUGUUGCUAUUAUGGGAGAUUGGAUGCCUCCCAGUCCUAGUCCAAGGGCAUUCUUCUCAUCAAUGAUUGGCGAUGAAGUCAUGACAAGAUCAGGUACUGAAUUGCAUAAUGAAAAUAGAAGCAGGUCUCUUUUUCCGGGGCCUGAGAGGCAGAUUGAAUCAAGAAAUGUUGAUCAAAAGGAUGAGACACGAUCCAAUGUAGUUGAUGAUGAAACAAUCAAGUCAAAUGUCCCAUCAGAGCAGAAAAUGAGUUCAAGUGGUGGUCUUCUGGAGAGGAUGGCGGCUAGAUCCGGUUUCAAUGCCCCGAGGUUGAAUACAGAAAGUAUCCGGCCAUCUGACCUUUCUCAGAACCCUGAUGUUCGGUCUCCUUAUCUGACAAUUCCUCCUGGUCUCAGCCCAACAAGUCUUCUAGAAUCUCCUGUCUUCCUCUCUAAUAAUUCACUGGUCCAGCCAUCUCCAACAACUGGGAAAUUUUCAUUUCUCCCGAACAACAUAGGAAACUCAAUGUUGACGACAGGCAAUCCCGAUAAGGGCAAGGAGAAUACCUCUGAAGAUGUCAUUGCCUCGUCAUUUGCAUUUCAGCCUGUCAUGGAAUAUGGUUCCUCUUUUAGUUUUUGUGCAUCGAGCAAAGUAAAUCCUUCGAGUCUUUCCCAAUAUUCAGAGAACUCACUUCUGCCUCAGAGUGUAGAACCCUCAAAAGUUCACUCUCAAAACAGUACACUUUUUCAGCAGGUUAAUCUCUCUAAUUCAUCUGCCAAGAACACCCACGACGUGUCGCCCGAGCCAGCGUCUUUCGGUACAAUUGGCGCUAUGGAGCAUUCUCCACCGUUUGAUGAGCCACAAGAGGAUGAUGCUGAUCAAAGAAGCAACGGUGAUCCCAAUGUUGGCAGUGGUCCAGCUGAGGAUGGUUAUAAUUGGAGAAAAUAUGGGCAGAAACAAGUAAAAGGAAGUGAAUAUCCUCGGAGUUAUUACAAAUGCACACAUCCAAAUUGUCCCGUCAAGAAGAAAGUGGAACGCUCUCACGAGGGUCACAUUACUGAGAUAAUCUACAAGGGAGCCCAUAAUCACCCAAAACCUCCACCGAAUCGCAGAUCAGCUGUUGGAUCCUUGAAUGCACUUGGCGACAUUCAGCAUGACACAACUGAGCAACCAGGUACUGGUGUUAACGGUGAUCCCGUCUGGUCAAACGUGCAAAAAGGAACCCCUGAUUGGAGGUUUGAAAAUCCGGAUUCAACAUCAGCAGUAGCUUUGGGCCAAGAAUAUGGCAACGGAACUACCUCUUUGCAGGCACAAAUAGGUACUCAGUUUGAGUCCGGUGAUGGUGUACAAGCGUCUUCUGCUUUCUCAAAUGAUGAAGAGGAAGAUGAUCGAGUAACACAUGGCAGUGUAUCAUUAGGUUAUGAAGGUGAAGGAGAUGAAUCAGAGUCAAAAAGAAGGAAAAUCGAAACUUACCCUUCAGAUAUGAGUGGAGCUACUAGGGCCAUCCGGGAGCCUAGAGUUGUAGUUCAAACAACCAGUGAGGUUGACAUCCUUGAUGAUGGGUAUCGUUGGCGCAAAUAUGGGCAGAAGGUUGUUAAAGGAAAUCCAAAUCCAAGGAGUUACUACAAGUGCACAAGUGCAGGUUGCACUGUCAGGAAGCACGUCGAGAGGGCUUCGCAUGACCUGAAAUCGGUGAUAACAACGUAUGAGGGAAAACACAACCAUGAUGUUCCUGCAGCUCGAAACAGCAGUCACGUUAAUUCUGGGGCUUCAAACACACUUCCGACCCAAGCUCCGACUGCUGCUCAGAGUCAAAUACACAGGCCAGAGCCAGCUCGACUUCAUAACAGCCUGGGACAGUUUGAAAGACCUUCCCUUGGCUCAUUUGGCCUGCAUGGGAGGCCACAGCUUGGAUCUAAUCCUAACUUUGGUUUUGGAAUGAAUCAGCCCGGGCUAGCCAAUCUGGCAAUGGCUGGAUACGGGCCCAACCAAGGCAGGUUACCGGUACUUCCAAUUCAUUCGUAUAUGGGACAUUCGCGCCCUAUGAGUGAUGCGGGUUUCAUGCUGCUAAAAGGAGAACCGAAAGUGGAGCCCGAGCCAGAUUCUGGUUUGAAUGUCUCCAGUGGCUCGUCAGUGUAUCAUCAGAUUAUGAAUCGAUUGCCGCUCAGACCACCAAUGUAA